AUGAUUGAAAUGGCUACAACAUUACAUUGCAGUCAGUUAGGUGAUAAUCGUCCUUUAUCAUAUUGUGAAUUUGGUCCAAAUGAUAAAAUGGUUGCUGCUUCUUCUUGAAGUGGUUUAUGUAAACUCUGGACGAUACCAGAUUGUAAACAUGUCCGAACAUUACGUGGUCAAACAAGAAAUGCUUGUUGUAUUAGUUGGCAUCCUCAAUCAACAUUAAUACAAGAUCCGGUAAUGAUUAAUUGGGGUGUGGGUGUGUGAGUGUGUGGGUGUGUGAGUGUGUGGGUGUGUGAGUGUGUGGGUGUGGGUAUGGGUGUGGGUGUGGGUGUGGGUGUGGGUGUGGGGUGUGGGUGUGGGUUUACACAUGAUUGAUACCCACACCCACACCCUUAAAAUUGGUUUCCAAACAGAAGCUUUUCCACUGUUAUUCUUAACCAUAUCGAAACUUUACCAAUGUUUUCGUCUUCCUGUUACGUGAUCUUAUUAAUUUGGCAGUUACAUGAUACAGAUUUUCGUUGCCUAUCUUUUUGAUGACUGAAGUCGCUGAAUAGAGUAGGAGACAUAUAGGCAACAUCGUAGAAUUGAGAUGAAUUAAAAGAUCAAAAAAAGAUGAGACAACUGCAAAAUAGUGAAUCAACAGGACUGAUAAUUUACAUACAUUGACAAAUCGAUCAGCUUAAAUGAAGUCGAUCAUGAGCGUGAAUGUUAUAUCUAUCUCAAUUGCUUCCAAUAUUUGCGGCGUCUUGACACUUAGUUUAUAACAUUCAAAAUGGUUUCUUUUGCUUUUCGAAGCUUCCUAAUAAUUUACUUACCACGACCAAGUGAUUGAAGCCGAAACGUUCUGAGUAAACUGAAGAAA